ACCUAAAUAUACUACGACUGUGUUAUACAUAGACAGGGCUUGUUCUACACCUGGACCACCACUGUCUGCAUGAGCACGGGCAGUCCACAUAACACAUAUGGCAACGAUCGACAGGGAGGUAACUGCCCGUGUUGUCCUCCAACAGUGUUUACAUGCUAAGCUGCAGGUUAAACCUCCAGAUAAAGACUCUGAAGCAGAAUGGACAGAGAUUCAAAGGGGUAUGGUAAUCUACCUAUGCUUUUUUAAAGGAUCAAGCCAAGAUGUCGUUCCAAAAAUAGUGAACUCAGUGCUGAAUGUAAAAUUGAGUGAAACGGAUACUGGGAAGCGUGUAUCAGUCAUUGAACUUCCAAGAGACAUUCUGAUUGUCCCACAGGCAACUCUUGGAGGAAAGUCAAAGGGCCGUUGCAUGCAGUACCAUUCAAAUGCAGACAAGGAGCUUGGUAUGGAAUUAUACGCACAGUUCAUUUCUCAGUGUCAGCAAGAAUUGAAAUCUCACCCAAGGUGGGUGGAAGCUGGUGCUGUGCUGCGUCACGGAACAUACGGAAACAGACAAGUUUUGCAGCUCGACACUAAUGGACCUUACACGCACUUACUGGAAUUCUGAACUCUUUUGACUUCCUAAAUUGGGAAAAGGGUUGCCGUCCUCCUUCUACUUCCCUCCUGUGUUAAGUGUAAAAAAAGUAAAUAUAUUUAUACAAAAAAUAA